AUGUCCGACUCUCCCACCAAUUUGACCCCUCCUCCUCCAUCGGCUCCCAGCGAACUGCCUGAUGCCAAGCGCCUGGCUCUGGGUACUGAAAAGACUCGUACUGAAGUUAAGGCCGAGACCGACGCGUCUACCAACGAACCCACGGCCGACUCCAAGGACACCCAGGGUGACACAAUUGUUUCGGACGCGGCCAACGAUAACGUCCAGGCUGAGGCUCAACCCCAGCCCAUCCAGUCCACGGCAUCCCAGGCCGAACGCGCUGGCUCCUCCUCCGAGCAGCCCAACCAACAGGACGAAACCCACUGGAUCCACAUCCGCGCCGUGAUCUCUAGCCAGGAGGCCGCUACUGUCAUUGGCAAGGCGGGUGAAAAUGUUUCUCAGAUUCGCCGAAUGUCUGGCGCUAAGUGCACCGUCAGCGACUAUUCUCGCGGUGCCUUCGAGCGUAUUUUGACCGUCAGCGGCCUCCAGGACGCCGUUGCUAAGGCAUUCGCUCUGAUCAUCCGCACCUUAAACAAUGAGCCCCUUGAUGCUGCAUCCACUGCCCAGUCCAAGACCUACCCCCUGCGCUUGCUAAUCCCCCACAUCCUUAUCGGAUCUAUCAUCGGAAAGGGUGGUAGCCGUAUCCGCGAGAUCCAGGAAGCUUCUGGAGCUCGCCUGAAUGCUUCUGAUGCUUGUCUUCCCCUGUCGACCGAACGUUCUCUGGUCAUUGUCGGGGUCGCUGACGCUGUUCAUAUUGCGACCUACUAUGUUGCUGUCACUCUUGUCGAACAACUGACUGAUCGAUUUGGUGGCCCCGCGGCCUCGGCCUACGCCACUCGUAGCGGUGGUCCUGCUGGUGCCGUUCCGGGUGGUAUGCAGGUGGUUCCUUAUGUUCCCCAGCCUGCCGGCGGCCAGUACGGUCACCCUGACCAAUUCAAGCGUCACCACCCGCAGCAGAGCCGAGCUGCCUCUGGAGCCUACGGAGUCCCAUACAUGCAUGGCCAGCCUACCCCUGCCCCUGUUCCUCAGGCCCCCAUGCCUUAUGCUGCUGCACCCCACACGCCCUACCCCGCUGCUACCCCUCACCAGCCAGCUCCCUAUGUGGGCCCUCAACCCACCCCUGCCCGUGGCGCCCCUACUGCUACCCCUGCUCCCGCCGGUGGUAAUAUGCCCGGUCAGCCACUCACCCAGCAGAUCUACAUUCCUAACGAUAUGGUUGGUGCUAUUAUCGGCAAAGGUGGGGCCAAGAUUAACGAGAUUCGCCACCUCAGUGGCAGCGUGAUCAAAAUCAACGAACCUCAGGAGAACAGCAACGAGCGUCUGGUAACUAUUACUGGUACCCCUGAGUGCAACCAGAUGGCGCUGUACAUGCUCUACACCCGACUUGGUGAGUCCGAAUCCGUCAACCAUAACCGGCUUCGAGAGGUCUUUCUUACUCACAUCGGCUUCAUCCCCACAGAGAGCGAGAAGCACCGCGUCUAA